UGGCAAGCACCGUUAGAUCAUUCGUAAUCAGACGUUCCACGCGUUCGGUUCAACCACCAUCCACACGAUAUCCCCCCCAAAUCAGCUGAUUGAAAAGUUCAAAACCCAAAAAAUACGAAAUUUGAUUCCUAGUGGAUAAUACGAUAAAAAGAAAUUCAUAUUCUCCGACGGAAAAACGGUGAAAACAGUAAAGGAUCCUUGACCUUAAAAAACAUUAUUAUUUAAUGACAUUAUAGUGCCAUCCCUAAUACCAAUCCCUAGUGUGUUCUUCCCAAAAAUUAAAACUUGCAACCCACAUCCUUCGGAUUGCGGCCUAUUGCCUCUCAGAUUGACUGUGAAAUUUGAAGUUGUAUCCUUGCAUCCUUUUGUGAUUUCUCCACACACUCUGCCUAAGAACUUUUGUGGAAAACUUUUGGAGAAAGUGUUUAGACGCUUGAGGAAAGUUUCUCACCUUUGUCCUACGUGUGUUCCGUGCUGUGAAAACUGCGAAAAAGUUUGAUUGAAAAGCCAAUUAGGGCCAAAGGAGCGCUCAAGGCCUGGAAAGGAUUUUCUUCUGUGACACGCUUGAAGAAUUGCUGCCAAAAUUUUCACGGACGGUAAUAAGCUCGGUCCUGCAGCCGCGGGCAGAGGAAUGUUUUGCUACCAAUGUCCGCCCGCCCUCCAUCCUUGCGGCCCGCAUCCGCCACGCCUUCCAACGCUCGACUAUCCUUUUGCGGCAACACAUCCUUAUACCAGCUACUCGUAUCAUCCUGCCAUCCACGAUGAGACUUUUGUCCGGCGGAAGCAGCGACGUAAUCGCACCACCUUCACAUUGCAACAGCUGGAGGAACUGGAAACGGCCUUUGCCCAGACCCACUAUCCGGAUGUAUUUACUCGCGAGGAUCUGGCCAUGAAAAUCAACCUGACCGAGGCAAGGGUUCAGGUCUGGUUCCAGAACCGGAGGGCCAAGUGGCGCAAGGCUGAGAGGCUAAAGGACGAGCAGCGCAAGCGGGAGAAUGGGGAGAGCUCCAGUUCACUGGAUAAGCUUCAUGACUCUCGGGAAUCCUCGCCAGACAUCACGGGCGAAAUAGACGACGACAUGGACGACCUGCCGCCCCGCCAGCGAUCGCACAGUCCUUUGCCCAAUGGUGGCCUGGAACAGCAGCAUUCCCUUUCCCAUUCCCGCAGUCCUGGCGGUGGCAUGCAUCUGGACUCCAGCGACAAUGAGCGGCCCCUGUCCUCCAAUCAGCUGACCGCCACGCCCCACUCCGCCUCCCAGUCCCUGGGCUCCAUCAGUGCCGGCUCGCCGUCGCCGUCGGGUCUGAGGGAUCGCAGCACGCCCAUGGCUGGCGGUGGUGCCGGACCAAGUAGUCCCUCGAACUCCCGUAACACAGACUCCCCCAUAGAAGUGGGCGGGCCCAUGUCGCUGACCACCGGCUCCAGGAUGACCGGAGGUCCUUCCUCCAACAACUCGGCAUCGUCCACGCCCACGCCCACAACGCCACACGCCCCCCAACUGCCGCACUCUUCGGCAGCGGCGGCCGCCGCCUUUGGAAGUCAUAUUUUCGGAAACUUUGGAGCCGGCAGCAGUGCCUCCGAUAGCAAUUGCGGCUUCCGUCCGGUGCUCAGCGAACAGAGCGCCGUGGCAGCUGCGGCGGCGGCAGCGGCGGCCCAGCGCACCGCCAACCACCCACCGCUCUUCCUGCCGCCCCACCUGGCCGCCCAGUUCACCCAUCAACCCCUCUUCCCCGGCCUGAAAGGUGUCUCGCCGUUCCAGAGCCUGUGCUCCUGCUGUUCUCUGAAACCGCCUCCCCCGCCGCCCACCUCCUCGGUGGUGGCGCCACUCAGUGUCCCCGUCAGCAGCAGUUCGGCAGCUAGUUCGCCCGAGUCUCCCAAGUCCUCCGGCCAAAACUCUGGACAUGAUCCUCGCUCCAAUUCGGUGGCCGAGCUGCGUCGCAAAGCCCAGGAACAUUCGGCGGCGCUGUUGCAGUCUCUCCAUGCGGCGGCGGCUGCAGGAUUGGCCUUCCCGGGCCUCCACUUGCCGCCCCUCUCCUUUGCCCAUCACCCCGCCCUGGGGCAGCAUGCGGUGAAUCACAACAACAACAACACUCUGAGGAUGAAGCACGAGGCGCAGGACAUGACAAUGAAUGGCUUGGGCCCGGUGACAGGAUCAGGAUCAGGCGUCACAAUGCCAGGAGCUGCAUCGUCGGCGGCUCUCUUGGACCUAGCCGAGUCGGCGGUGGCAUAUCAGCAGCAACAAUCGCAACAUCAACAUGCAACACUUUCGCCCCCAACCACGCCCACUCAGCCAGCCGCCGGGGGUGUGGCAGCCACUGAAGGAUCCCCAGGGCUAGGGGCAGGUACUGGUGGAAACUCGAGCAGUUCUUUCAACGGAAGUGCGGUGCUAACCAAAAGCGAAUAAUUUGAAGAAGAAUAAUUGUGCAAUUUCAGAAUAGGUCCGGGCCUCCUCUCAUAUUUUGUUGGAUUUUAGAAAAUUUAACUGUAGCUUUUAACUUUCAGUGUAAAUGCCUUUUAUAAUUUCAACAAAGCUUUCUUCGCAAUUUCCAACAAAAUCUGAAAGAAAGAAGCCUGUUUAAGAAAAUUAAAAUUAAUUCUAAAAUGAAACUAAACUAAGCUAGGCACUAGUUUAACUUUAUUUUAAUCAAAAAACUAAAUACAUUUACGCAAAAAAUAAGGAAAACUAAAAAAAAAUAUAAAAACACAUUAUAAAUAUAUAAACAAGCACUUGAAACUCUAUAUAUAUAUUAAAGAAAUAGGUAGAAACUUGCUUUUUGUUUAAGAAAUGAUUCAAAUAGAUGGUUUCUUGGACCGAUAACCUCUGAUCUAAUACGACAUCAUCGGCAACAGAAGCAGCAGACGUUCAAAUGAUUAACAAUAUCAAUUAACAAGCAUAUGCAUAUGAACACUAUAUAUAAAAAAUAAAUAAAAAAAUAUAUAUAUUUCAAUAAAGAUCACAAUAAAAUAUGUAAAACACUAACAAUAUAUAGAGUUAGCUAACAAAUCAUACAUAGCCUAGCCUAAUCACACUGAAUCGGACACUAAUUAACGUAAGCGUCAACCAAUAUUAAUUAAAGUUAAACAAGUUUAUGAAUAAAAAAAUAAAGAUGAACAUAUUAGGAUACAAAAAUCAC